CAGGACAGGAGAAUCAGAUAUCCCUCUGCUGCAAGGGAUUUAGGUGGACUUGGCUGGCCAUGCAGGAAGUUUGGGAGUGGGACCUGUGAGUGAACAGACUCUCAGCUGCUGGAGUGACAUAGCAGGACAUGACCAGAUUGGAUCAUCAGAGGUAGGACAAUGUGAGUGCAGGAGCAGGAAAGGUCCUGGAGGAUGGAGAGGAAUCUGAACUCCAUUUAAACAGGUCAGUAACAUGACCUUCAACCCACUCCCCUCAGGGUAGGGGCGGGGAGAGAAAUAAUUGGGAAUGAACAAACUCAGAGACCCUUUCUGAAGAAGGGUCAGGCCUGCAGAGAUCUCAUGAUGCCCUUCACCAAACUAGUUAAACAUCUAAAGUAAGAACCUGCAGCCACUGCUCUUCUCCUGAUCUGACUGGAAAGUUUUAAAAAUCCCUUCAAAAGAGGAAGAGAACCAGGCCAAUAGAAUAACAAAAAGAGACAGGCAGAAACAAUCAGGAAUUGCCAGUGUCAAAAAGGAAAAGAGGGAAAACAAAAACCUGAAGGACAGAAAGAGGAAGAGUAGGAGGAAGAGAUCAAAUCCAACACACAGCAUAGAAGCUGCUCCUUCUCCUGGCCACUGGACUGGUGAGGAUGAACUGAAAGUAGAAAGGACAAGAAGACUCCAAGCAGCUUGAAUCACCAAGAGGCCACAGAACCACCUUACAGGGAUGCAUAACUCAGACAUGAUCUGCUUUGUUGUAGGGAGUUUCCUAUGGUUCCCCCAAGUGAGAGGUGAGGAAGGCUGCCUCAACACUGAACUCUGUUCAGGUACAGAAUGGGACCGUCUGUGGUAUAUCUGGCUGGUGCUGGUGGUUGGGGGGCUCCUGCUGCUGUGUGGGCUGGUCUCUGUCUGUGUGAGGUGCUGCUUCCAGUGCCACCAGACCGGGGACGAGUCGGGCCCUCAGCCCUACGAGGUGACCGUCAUCGCCUUUGACCACGACAGCACCCUCCAGAGCACCAUCACCUCUCUCCACUCGGUGUUUGGGCCAGCUGCCAGGAGGAUAUUGGCUGUGGCACACUCCCACAACGCUGCCCAGGGAACACCUCCCCUGUCAGCCUCAGACACCCCUCCAGUGUAUGAAGAAGCUCUGCACAUGAGCAGGUUCACAGUGGCCAAGGCGGGGCAGAAAGUGCCAGACCUGGAUCCAGUGCCAGAGGAAAAACCACAGGUGCCUGCAGAGGGCAAGGAUGCCCAGCCAGCCCUCCCAGGACACUGAUGUCUGGCUUUACUUGAUAGCAAAUAAUACAGGAUGGUUGCAUGCAGAGACUAAUUCAGGUGGGCAAGGUCUUAAGAAUUUCAAAUUAACUCCCUUAGUCAAUAGAGAAAGGGGGCAGGGGGGGAAACAACUAAAAUUCCAAAUAUUUUCAGAUCUAGCAUAGUGGAAUGGCUCUUUUUGACACCUCCUUCAGAUAAUUUGCAUUCUCCAAGCCCAUUCAUUACAGGCACACAACACUGGAAUCACACUUUGCACAAAUAAGCAGGCAGCAGGAUCAAGGUACUGAGCCAUUUUGUAGGCCAGUGAUCUUGCAGUCUCAUUCCUCUUGCCUUUAGCCUAAAUUUCCUCAGGAUGGCAGAGAGGUCUUCAAAACAAAAAAAAAAAAAACAAAAACAAAAACAACAAAAACAACAAAAAAAUUUUGUGAAUGUCUAUUACAACCCGGUAUUAACAACAAACUUCUGGAAAUUGCCAACCAUUUACAGUAAAUUUAAAAAAAAAAUAAUGGAAACAAUCUACAUGUAAAUGAAAGACAGCAUACAUACAGACUGUAUGUACACAGUGUGCCUUUAAUGCCCUGCAGUAUACAUAGAGUGAACAGAGUCUGGCUCUGAAUGGGACAUAUAGAAAAUCUGAAAUUGUAGUCACAAGCUCUUAUAUUUGAAUUUAAAAAUAUUAUACAUGUACCAACAGAUCAAACAAGGGGAGGAGCAAGAACACUACCUCUGAAAUAAAGCUCAAUCAUACUUUCAAUGCAUUCAUAUAGAAUCAUUUAUUAAUUCCUAAUGUUGCUGUCAAAACCAGAUCAAUUGAAGUGAGACCAUUUAAAACAUGCAAGCCAUUUCUCAGACUGAAUAACUUGUGAAUCUCUCCUGGUCAAUACAAAUAUGUUGAACCAUCCAGAAAUGAACAUAGGUAUGGCCCAUCUGUAAAACCCUGGACUAGGCAGUCAGGAGAAGGUGAGUGUUGAACUACAUCAGUGUUGUCUCUACCCUGGAUUCAGCACCUGAAAAGAUUAAAGCAGAACAACAUUAAAUAUCACAUGAUGAUUCAUUCAGCCAUGAAUAAAUUGCAUGUGUAUAUUCGUG